AUGGCGCCCACUUGCGAUUCCAACACCAAAGCCAGCGAGCUUGUGGAGUACUACGCUCCUCGUAUCGUGGGAAAGACCAUCCUCAUUACGGGCCCCUCACCUGGAAGCCUUGGGGAGAGCUUCGUCAAACAUGUCGCAGCUGGGAAACCAUCCACCUUGAUUUUGGCCGGUCGUUCGGUCUCCAAGAUGCAGCCUGUCUGCGAUGAUCUGAGAUCUACACACCCCGACAUCAAUGUAAAGCUUCUAUCAAUGGAUCUUAUGUCGUUCGAAAGCGUCCGACAAGCCGCUAAAGCGGUGAUGUCUUGGCCUGAUGUGCCUCAUAUCGACCUUUUGGUUAACAACGCUGGCAUCAUGGCCGUACCCUACAAGUUGACCGAGGAUGGCUUCGAAAGCCAAUUCCAAACCAACCAUCUCAGCCACUUUUUGUUCACCAACCUAAUUAUGAACAAGAUACUGUCCUCUAAGGCUCCUCGAGUUGUGUUUGUUUCCAGCGGCGUACAUCGCGUCGGCAACAUUCGCUGGACAGAUUAUAACUUCAAUGGUGGUAAAAACUACCAACGCUGGUUAGGGUAUGGCCAGUCAAAGACAGCCAACGCACUGACAGCUCUCGCAAUCGCCAAAAGGCUGGGGAGCAAGGGCCUCUUAUGCUUCGGCAUGUGUCCUGGAGUCAGUUACACGAAUCUUGCAGCACACGGGUUGGAAGACCAAGCCGCCUUCUCAGCAGAUCUCACAGAAAUGGACAACAUUUAUGGGAACAAGUGGUUAUUUGGCAUGCAAGAUAUGCAAUUCAAAACUCUGGACCAGGGAGCUGCAACCCAUGUUUUCGCUUCAUUUGAUACCACUAUCAACGACCAUAAUGGUGUGUUCUUGUCUGAUUGCCACAUUGCGGACCCAGACUUGGAAGAGGUUUACUCAUGGGCAACAAGCGAGGUUGAUGCGGAUAGGCUAUGGAAGCUCAGUGAGAAGCUGGUUGGUCAAGAGUUCAAUUAUUAG